CUGCUGUGUUGCAGUUGGGCAUAGACAGGGGGCAACUUCCGCAAAGUGGGACAGAGAGCCCCGACUGCCGGUACACAGCACACCCAGACGUUUCUCUGUUGUACAACGAAGCGGUUUUGCACACGUCCACACUGCAGUUCGAAUUCUACUUGCUAGAACAUGGAGAAGAAGCAGACGACGAGAACAUCAUCAGCGAGCGCCCGCGCGAUGCUGGGGCUUGCCCCGUCUCCUGACAGGGAUUUGAGCGUCUCCGUGGCGAGUGCUGAUAGCGCGGAUGUAGCGGGUGGCCGUGCGGGUUCACGACCGCCAGUGGCCAUGGCCUCCUCGGUAUCAUCAGCAUCAACGAGGGACGGGUUUUCUUCGAGGAUGGUGGUGCCGGGACUAGGGCUAGUAGAGGACACUAGCCACCACCAUCACCCUUCUCGAGCUCUGUGGGAAGGGAGGGCAACCCCGUCCCCCUCGCCUACCCCACUUCCUCCUUCUGCGGCUUUGACGUCCAGCAGUGCGAGGAUUUCCGGUAGCAGCAGGCCCCUUCUUGUAAGCGGGAGCAGUAUAGAGGCGGGGGGAGGCUGGGUGGCUGGAGGAGGGUCAGCAACGGACACUUUUUGGUCGCCCGUCCUACCGGAAUCCGAUACGGCCCCUCCCAUGGAUAGGGGUAGCCUAGGGGAGCACUGGAGUUGGUUGCAGCAGCAGCAGCAGCAGCAGCAGCAGCAGGAAGCCCUGCAAUCGGAGAAGGGCGUGAUUACCACGCAGCCAGCGUUCGCCUACGGACCGGUAUCCCCUUCCCAGUAUAAGCAACAGCUUGCGGCGGCGGGGAUAGAUCGGCCUGCGCUGAGAGGGCAAGAAUAUCGGCGAGAGAAGAGGUGGAGAUGGGGUUCAGCAUCGGCAGCAGCACGGUCAACAGCGGAGAGAAUUUCAAACAACAGCAACAACAGCCACCCGACAUCUUCUUUGAUGAGGAGUGGCUCCGAAUUAGACAGGCAGCAACGGCAGCAGUCCACCACAGAGUACACCACCACCACUUCCAGGCGGUUUUUGGGUAUUCGGUGGCCCUCUAUGUUGCCGGGAGGUAGGCGGGACAGAUCCGCCACAACAGGGGACGACGAUUUCAGCACGCGUCAAGGUGGCGGCGGGGAGCUGCCAGUGUCCGGAGGAGAGGAUGCCCGGUUACAAGUGUCGCUCGAGGGAGCUCAAGAGCUCGGCAAGGGACUCGGAGGCCACACGGUGUAUAGAUUACAGGUUACAGAUCGAGCAGUAGGGGAGCAGUGGAUGGUGCUGCGUCGGUUUCGGCAGUUCGAAGCCUUGCAUCGAGGGCUGCUGCCCGUACUUUCCAGAGAACCGGAUGCGAACGCGUACGUGCUGCCUCCGAAAGAGGUGUUCGGGGGGAGGCACGGAGGAGUGGUCGCGAAGCGUCUCAAGCUGCUCCAAGUCUACCUGGAUCGCCUCGUCACGUGCAGUGCCGCCCUUGAGCACCGCGCGUUGUCAUCCUUCUUGGAGCUUGAGCCGGCGCUGAGAGGUCUCGGUGCGUAUGGCCGACAUCAUGGCCCAGAGUGCGUCCUCAAGGAGGGUAGACUCUGGGUGCGAGCGUGGAAGGGGGCAUAUAAACCCGUCAUUAACUUCGUUGACGCGGGGCUACACUUACUUGGAUGGAUCAGCGCCCACGCGAUAGUUUCGCCAGGGCCUGUUUUUUUAGUGUACUAUGGCCCCGAGGACGACCCGGAAAAGCCCUUGUGGGCCUUGCCUGAUAAGAGGACUAUCGGCUCGCAGGUCCGUGUUCGACGUGUGGACAUGCGCAAGACGGACGUUGAAAAGGACGGGAAUCGCUUCUUUCUCGUCAGCUGGGAGGAUACAUCACUCCUGUGCCAGGUGGACUCCGAGGCAUCUCUAGACAGCUGGGCACACGCCAUCGACGAAACCGUAGACCUUCGGCCGCAGCAGUCAGAGGAGGACAGGGCUAAGGUGGAUAUUGAGCUGAAGGCGAAGGAAGCGUGGACGACGCGAGAAGAGGGUUUGUGGGGGGGAUUGUAACGUUGGGACCCGGGAAAGCGUGCUGAGUUCACCUUGGACGUCAUCGUUUGUUGUUGAGGGUCGUGUAUUCGGUGCGAGGGGAGGCGCCGUUUGGGGGCUCACCACCAGUGACUUGUACCAAGGUUUGUGCUGAACAAGGUGUUGCAGGCGUCUCUCCGCACAUGUACGGAUUGGGAACCCUACAGUCCGUUGUUUAUAGUGGGGUGUUCACGGUUUCUCGCGCUUUUCCGACCAUCAUGCGAGAAUUGGAAACUCGUGCUGAUGUCUUGCGUUUUUAAUGUACAGGUUUGUCCAUCUUGACCAUUUUCCCAAUCUGUUCGUUUUCCGUUGCUUCGGUGCUUGUGGUCGCGCAGUCUCGAUGCGUGCCGCUUUGAUGCAUGUUUUUUGGACUAAAAACUCUGAAGAAUCGGUUGCUGUCCUUGCGGCAAGGCGAUGCGGGAGGAAGCAUGGGGGUGUACUCAUAGCCGUGCAUGCCGUAGUCCUUAGAGCACUGACCUGAGUCUCGCUCGACCGUUUGCGGAAAGAACCGCUUUCUUCGUUGAUGAUGUCCAGGUUUCUCCUAACCGGGCCUCGUGUUGUGGAUACGGUACCCAACGGAAGGGGCGAAGAACGGAAGCCGUUGUGGUAGUUGCCUGAACACGCUCAAUCUCCCACACUUCUGACAGUUUUCC